CCUUAAAUAGAUGAGUCAAGAGUCCAAGCCUGCAUUAGUCUUUCUACCAGUAUAUGCGCUUUACAACAUGUGGAAAAUCACAAUUUCAUUCCUGCUGACAUGCUGCCUCCUGGCAGCCAUCGUCCAGACCCAGGGCCGCGUAGACGCAGCAGUUCACAGGAGGAGCAUUUGGGAAGACCCAAUCCAGUUUGUUACCAAAGGCACCAAAGAUGAAUGCGACUUAAGCGUGACGGGACAAGGCGAUCUGACUAAUCUUCGCAUCUCAUGCCACAGCCAGGAGUAUUCCUACUGGUGCGAGUACCAGGGCAAGCCUCAGGUCUGCCGCUCCUACAACAACAAUCCACAGCAUUAUUUUACACAGAUCAUGUGGGUCCUCCGCAAGCUGCCAAAUGCCUGCCAGGGCCAGCGCGUCAUUAAGCCUCUCAUGUGCAAGAGAGCAUCCAACGAGGCCCAGAUGGUCUUUAGAAUUUCAUCUUCACCUGACAUUUUUCCAAAGGAUGGGCCCUCCAGACAAGCCUCUGCCAGACCUGAGCAGGCAAAACCACAACAAAGCAGACGAGAGCAGAUACCAAAGCCUACUAAACCACUGCAAACACAGCUCCAAGCAUUGAGAGUCCAAUCGGCCCAAACUGCUCAGAACACACAAAAUCAACCCAAAGCAGUCAAAUCCACCACACAGAGGAAAAUGCUGACACCAAAGCCAACUGAGCCCAAACCGACCCAUUCAGUACCUCUGAGUGAGUCAAAGAAACUUGCACAGGACUACUGCUGGCGCUCAUUUCAGGGUGUGUGUUCCUUCUUCAUAGGAUGGUUCAAAAACUAAGAAAAAUACAACAAACCCCACUGAAGCUCCCAAGUGUUUGAUAAAGUGAAAUGUUGGACUGAUGGAGACAAAUGGAGGAUUCUGAAGAGAAGCAGAAGGCACAAAAGUGUGUGUUUGAAAUUGAAAAGACUGCUGGGUAUAUUGUUAUGUAUUGAAAGUAUACAGAAUCUGUGAUUGAUACCUUUGUCUCUAUGAAUUCAGAGGGCAUAACGUGAUUACACAUAACUAGCUAGCUAGCUGUGAAUUUAGCCAGUGAGCAUAAUGCUGGCAAAUUAACAUGUUUUGUUUCCAUAAACUAUAAACUGGUGAGGUAUUGCAUUUUAUCAUGUGUACUGAACAAUAUAUUUGUAAGAUAAUCUGUAUUAAUCAUUGUUAUGUAUUUAUGGGUGCUGACCCAUUGGAGUUUAAUAAAGGCCUACAACGGUCUGUUCAGAUUGCAUGGUGUUGGUGAUACACAAUGGAGAUGAGAUGGCUCUGUCUACCAUGAGGUUAUACUCAUAAUGUAUAUAUACAUUUUGAGGUGUGUUUUAUUAAUAAAUUCUUGAGUCUUUC